AUAUAAACAAACAUCUGCGAUCACUUCACACACUUAACAUUCCCAUUGAUGAUUGGGACUUAAUUAUCAUUUAUUUUAUGUCGAACAAAUUACCUUCCUCGCUACAACGAUCAUGGGAGGAAAACCAAAGCUCAAAUGUACUACCUUCGUUGCAGGACUUCAAAAACUUUAUACGGAGGCGAGCUGACAUUCUCGACAACUUGAAUGCCACUAAACCUGGGGGCCCGGAGGCACGGAAAAGUUUGGUAACCACAUCCUCAAAGCCAAUUGUAAAUCCUUCGUGUCCGCAGUGUAAAGAUGCAGCACGGUCUUCAGCCGAGUUGUCGGUGGCAGCCGCAGCGGCCGCAGCGAUCGAGGAGCAGUUCUACGCUGAUGACCUACUUCUCUCAGGUGACGAUGAGCACAGAAUCACGCAGGUCGCCCUGGAGGUAGACAGAGUCCUGCGCACAGCCAACUUUCAUCUACGUCUAGAAACUCACAGCUUCCUGUCAGCGUUCAGAAGGUUCAUAGCCAGACGCGGGAAGCCACGAGUGGUGGUGAGCGACAACGGCACCACCUUUCGGGGUGCUGACAGGGAGUUAAGGGAGCUAUACGAUUUUCUUAACACGAAUUCUAACGAAUUGACAACUUCGUGCACCGAGCGAGGUAUCGAAUGGAAGUUUGUACCUAGUUACUCACCUCACAUGAAUGGUUUGGCAGAGGGCGCUGUCAAAAGUUGCAAAUAUCAUCUUAAGCGUGUCCUAAAACAAAGUCUACUUACCUAUGAAGGUUUCUCAACAAUUUUAAUUCAGAUAGAGGGCAUCCUUAACAGCAGACCUUUAUGUCCCAUUCCUUUUUCCGAUUCCGAAACAUUCCAAGUCCUUACACCAGCUCACUUCCUAAUAGGAAGAACUCCAGUGGCACUGCCGGAUUACCAAUACGACGAAGUCCCAACCAACCGACUUAAAUACUUUCAACAACUCCAACAGAUCUACCAAUCUUUCUGGAAGGGCUUCUCAAGAGACUACGUGGGGCUACUCCAACAACGAGGCAAGUGGCAGAGCUCCAAGGGACCCACGCUGGCAGCGGGCUCCGUAGUUCUCAUCAAGGACAAGCACACUCCACCAUGCCAGUGGAGACUGGCAAGGAUCAUCGAGACACACCCCGGGGGCGACGGCGUGACUCGCGUUGCCACACUGAAGACAUCCCAGGGCUCCACCAUCAAGCUGUCCUUCCCGAAGAUUUGUCCUCUACCAAUAUUAGAUAAUAAUUAACUUACUUAAAUAACUUAGUACAUUAUGUAUU